AUGAAAAGUUUGAAGAACGGAACUGAGUAUUUAAGAAGAAUCCAAAUAUUAGAAGACAAAAAUCAGGCCCAACUCAAAGUUACUGAAAAUAAAAUUCAAGAUCUAUACGACAUGGAGAAGUCUAGUCAAUAA